AUGCUCAUACUGCCCUUCUUAGUCGUGGCUUUAUUUUUGCAAGUCAAAUUCCCCUUGCUGCCAGGCUUGAGAGACUUCCUCUAUGGCCUCAUCCUCCUCAGCGCGUGCAGCGCUAUUUUUUACCCGCCCGAGUCUGGGAACUUCAUCACAUAUGCCAAUGCAUUUCUCUCCACUUCCUUAAUCAUCCGCGCUGUGGAACUGCUUCUCGUUCGGAACCUCAGCCACGUCAAGCGCCUGCAAAAGGUGUCAUAUCUAUCCUCCUCGCCAUUGUACGCAUGGGAGCCUAUAUCCCCUACACUGGGGCUGAAGCGCUUUCUUCAGGUCUGUGAUCUAGUCAUCAAUCCCCGCGCCAUCGGCUGGAGCUACGGCUCUCCCAAGUACCAGCCGCCACUUCAGAAGAUGGACGCCCCGGAUGGCACGAAUGGGUGCAUCCCCGAAUGCCAGAACAUCGGUUUGGUGGCCGAGGGAGACCGCUUCUCGUUUCUGACGGGCAAAUUGUGUAGGGUCGCUGUAGCCUAUGUCCUCAUAGACUCGUACCAGGCGGCCAUUGGGCGUAAUUACGCUGGCGUCUGCGAGGGCAUAGAAGCAUUCCUGACCGGCGUGUUGGGCAUCCAAGCAUCCCCAGCCACUAGCGAGAUGCUGAUGCAACUGUGCAUUCUCCCAACCUUUUGCUGGAUGAUAUCCUACGCCUUUGUCGAUGGGAUCCAUGCCGCCGGGGGCAUAUUCUCGGUCGGUAUCCUACGGGUUAUUUCUCCUCAGAUCGCCGGAGACCCAUGGAUGUAUCCGCCUGUGUUCGGGGCCAUGCAAUAUCUGUUUACCUUUAGUUUACGAGAUAUCUGGGGUAAAAUGUGGCACGACCUCUGCCGACGGCCUUUUCUGGCCCUUUCCCUAGCCCUCAUCCCGGACUCAUGUCCAACAGGAUUAAAACGAUUUCUCGUCAUCUGUGUCUCUUUCGCCGUGUCAGGCAUAGUCCACUCUGCAGGGACUUAUUCCGUUUCGAAGGACUGGUUCGCGGUCGGCGUGAUGAUGGUUUUCUUUUGCAGCCUGCCUUUCUUCCUUGCCAUGCAGCAGAUCAUCUCCGAGCAGAUCUUGCCGCGUACAUUCCCUCGCAACAGCAGCAUCUCUCGCGUUGCUAUUUGGCUCUUCAACGCAACGUUCCUCAUGGUUUGGGGCCAUUAUACCAGCCCCUGGUAUCUUAGAUACAGUGAACUUCCCGAGGCUAUGGCAUCGAUUCCGUUACCGUUCAGUUUGUGGAGAACACUGUUUAAAGUCUAG